AUGGAGCAACAUAAAGGUUUAAAAGGUAUUUCCGCCAGCCUUGAUAGUGAAACCAUUGAUCCAGGACAGUUUAAUGAGAUAAUAGCACGAUUUCUCGAAGCUCUUCUCUUCUAUGAGGAAGAAGUGCUUGGAAAAGUUAUGGAUUCUUUAGAGAUGACGAAGAAAGAAGAAGGAGCCGACCCUUCUAGUGCCUUUAAGGCUGUUUCAGAAGCAUUAGCUGCCGAUAGUCUUAAUGCCCUUGAAGCAGCUUUGGAUGCAUUAGAGGCUCUAAGAAAAGCUGUUUCUGAGAAUCCCAUUACUACCUCCAGCGAUCAAGACAUUAAGCUUGAAGAAUUUCUUCUAUGUAUUAACGGAUUGGUGAAGGAGUUCCAAGAUCUUUAUAAGGCAUUUAUUGAGGCACUUAAACGUCUUCUUCCACAUAUCGAUGGAAGUAUAAAGAUUGAUGUGAAGAUAUUAGAUCAGAAGAAAGUGAUACCUCUGAAAGAUGUUGUCUUGUCCCUUUUGGGAAUGAAAGAGUAUUCUAUUGAUUAUAAUACUCCUCUCAAGGACUUUUCUGAAAAUAUGUGUCAGUUAGGUGCUAAUGCUCUAGAGAAUAGCUUCAAGCCUAUUUUUGAUAGCACCUCUUCCAUCCUGGAAAAAGGUAAAGAAGCAAUCGAGAGUAAGGAUAUUUCUGAGGAGCAAAGGAAAGGGUUGGUAGAUGCCUGCAAUGCCCUUGCCGAAUGCCUUAGAAGGCUUCUGGAAUUGCACAAAGAUUCCAUUAAUAGUUUAGGGAGUGGAGAAGCCUUUGAGACAUUAUUUGGUGAACUAAAAGAGAGACUCGAAGAAAUGGUUACGGAAGCAGAGAAUCUACAAGCUAAGAUUAGAGGCCCACAGCCCAUCGAUGAUGACGCUCCCAAGGAUGCUACACCCGAGGUUCCAAAAAAGGAUCCAAGUAAAGCGGAGGGUGAAGACAAGGAGCCUCUUGAAGAGGCACCCUCCCCCGUCAGGAGGGCAGUGGCCAGCCUGGACACCGGACGCCCGUUCGGAAACCUGUGCGUUGUGUUCGUCCUCAUCCUGGCCGUCCAGGGCCUCCUGCGGGUCUCCGGGAUGGAGCACAGCACACCGGGUGUGUCCUGGAACACCGCGCUCUACUCGCUCGCCGUUGCAGGCGCCGUCACGUACCAGCUGUGGGUGCUCGCCGAGGGCUGCCGCAGGGGCGGGGCCGGCAGCAUGGCGAGGCAGGGGUGGAGUGCCGUUGCGUGCAUGGCGCCGAUGCUUGUGGCGGUUCCCCAUGCGGGGGUGAUCAGGAGCAGCAUGUACAGCGUGGCGGUGGCAGGGCUUGCGGCUGUCACGCUGUAUGUGCAGGAUGCAGCAAGGCGCGGGAUGCCGUGGCGGGAGGCGUGUGCGGUUGGCGCAGGGAAUGCGGUGCUGGCUGCGGCAUGUGCUGCGGGGUCUGUGGCACCUGCGGACGGCGUGUGCGGGCGGCCCUUCUGGGUGUGGAUGGGGGUUGUUGUGUUUGUCGGCCUGCUGCUUGCUGUGUCGUAUGCUGAGAGGGGGGGAAGAGGGCAGAAGGCGGAGGAGUGUGGGGAUGUGGUUGCGAGUGUGCUGCUUGUGACGACUGUUGUGGUUGGGACGAUUGGGUCGCUUGUGUGUGGGCGUGCCUACCACGAGAUGUAUGUGGGGGGGGGGGGUGGAAGUACCUGCCGAGUGAUGAGAUUGAAUGAUGUUAUUCUUGUUAAUUAUCCUUUUUUAUUUGGAUGCUGUAAAGGUAGUAUCCUGUCACGGAGACAACAACGGCGAGCAGGAUCCAGACAAGUCUUCCUCCUGUGUGGGCGUCGUCGCUUGUGUACUCCCCAGGCCCAAGGUCCUUUAAAGAGAUUGUUUCUAUUUCCUCUGUAUAGUUAG